AUGACACGAGGCAAGAAGAGAGAGAGGGAGGAUGAUGCAGAAGGCGUCAGGAGAGACGAUAAGACCAAGAUUCGAAUGAAGUCAUCUAAGAAGCAAAAAGUAUCACACCAAAUCGAUUUCACCAUCAAUUAUCCAUACUCGUACAACGUGGAGAACGACCAUCCCCGAAUCACUUAUCCAACAUCGUUCGAGCGAAACACCAAUCCGGCUCAUCAUUCUGACCACCAUCAGAAUUUCCCUACUAUUCACCACAUCCCAUCAGUACCUAGUGACACAGAACAAUGUGCAGUUAUGCUGGUACAUAUUCCCAAGGCUUCUUCCUAUCCAACAUCAACCACCACUUUCAGCUCAAAUCCUCAGCCUUUUAAUUCCUCAACUACUGGUAGGGUCGGACGAAAGAUCGAGUUGAAGAGAUCUUCAUCUUCAGAAGAGGAGGGAGGCGAUAAGAAGAAUUUGUAUGUGAUACCUGAGCUGCAGGACGAAGAUGAUUUACCCGAGGUCGCUAUGAGGUCCAAGGACCUACUCUAUCACGUUUCGGGAGAGCCAGGACCAGGACCAGUAUUCAGCACACCUAUCAAAUUACCCAAAUUCAGUAAUCUAGCGAUCAACUCACCCUCCUCCUCAUCCUCGGCAGAAUCCCGUUUGGACACUUCUGAUCAAACUUCCAGGAAUGGCUCCAGCAGUGAUUCGUCAGCAUCCUGUCAGAUGAUCAUCACUCCACAAACCCGCGGCAAUAGUACCGAUGCUAUCGCCUUCGAGCACCAUACAGACAGGGAAGCUUCACCUGAACAAGAUCUAUGUAUGGGUAAUAGUAUGUUCAGCCCUUCAACUUCCCUUCUACAGUCUGCCCAAUCAAAAGAGACAGUCUCGAUGCUUCCUUAG